AUGGUUCUCGAUCGCCUCCAGCAGUUGACUUACCAGGUCAGCGCCACAGCGCCCCCUCCUCACCCAUUGGAUCCCUUGACCACGUCCGAGAUCGAUGCCGCUGUCGCUCUCAUUCGCAAAGAACAUGGCCAGGUCAAUUUCAAUGCAGUCACAUUAUACGAGCCGCGCAAGGCGGAGAUGAUGGCCUGGCUCGCAAACCCCGAGACAGCGAAGCGGCCAACUCGUGCGGCGGAUGUAGUUGCUAUUGCACCCGGCGGCAAAGUGUACGAUGGUGUGGUGGAUUUGAACGAGAACAAGAUUGUCGAGUGGAAGCACACACCAAAUGUCCAGCCUUUGAUCACGAUGGAAGAUCUGCAGGAGGUUGAGCAUGUCGUGCGAAAAGACCCCAAAGUCAUCGAGCAAUGUGGGAUACUUGGCAUUCCUCCCCAGGAUAUGCACAAGGUGUAUUGUGAUCCUUGGACAAUUGGAUACGAUGAGCGCUUUGGCACUGGUGUUCGGCUCCAGCAGGCUCUCAUGUACUAUCGCCCUCACCCCGAUGACUCUCAGUAUACCUACCCGUUGGAUUUCUGCCCCAUCUACAGCGCGGAGGAGAAGCGAAUAAUUCACAUUGAUGUGCCUCCUGUCCGGAGACCACUCAGCAAAGCACCCCCGAACAACUACCACCCGGCGGCCAUUGAGAAGGAGGGUGGAUACCGCAAUGAUAUCAAGCCCAUUCACAUCACUCAGCCGGAGGGCGUCUCUUUUAAGGUCGAUGGUCGCAUUAUUGACUGGCAAAACUGGAACAUUCAUGUGGGCUUUAAUUACAAGGAAGGAAUCGUUCUGAACAACAUCACAUUCAACGAUAAGGGCAAUGUGCGUCCUGUCUUCUGGAGACUUUCGCUCGCAGAGAUGGUGGUUCCAUAUGGCAACCCCGAGCACCCCCAUCAGCGAAAGCACGCAUUUGAUCUGGGCGAGUACGGUGGUGGCUAUAUGACGAACAGUCUGGCACUUGGUUGCGACUGCAAGGGUGCAAUCCACUACAUGGAUGCAGCCUUUGUGAACCGUGCUGGGGCAUCCACGAUUAUCAAGAACGCAAUUUGCAUUCACGAGGAAGAUGCUGGUAUCCUUUACAAGCACACUGACUUCCGUGACGACUCCAUUGUGGUCACUCGUGGACGGAAGCUGAUCAUCUCUCACAUCUUCACCGCUGCCAACUAUGAAUACUGUGUGUACUGGAUCUUCCACCAGGAUGGCACCGUCCAACUUGAGAUCAAGUUGACGGGUAUCUUGAACACCUAUUCCCUCAACCCAGGCGAAGAUACCAAGGGCUGGGGAACUGAGGUAUAUCCCGGCGUGAAUGCCCACAACCACCAGCACCUCUUCUGCCUGCGUGUUGACCCCAACAUUGACGGACCAAACAAUACUGUCUUUCAAGUUGAUGCAGUCCGUGGACCUGGAGAGGUUGGAAGCGCAGAGAACCCAUAUGGCAACGCCUUCUAUGCCAAAAAGACCAAAUUCACCACACCACUCGAAGCAAUGUCUGACUAUGACGGCUCCACCAGCCGCACAUGGGAGAUGGCCAACACCAACAAGCUGAACACCCACAGCAAGAAGCCUGUCUGCUACAAGCUCGUCAGCCGCGAGGUACCACCACUCCUGCCCAAGGAGGGUGGCUUGGUCUGGAAACGGGCCGGAUUCGCUCGACACGCAGUCCACGUUACCAAAUACUCCGACGACCAAAUCCACCCUGCUGGUCGACACGUUCCGCAGACAUCCGGCGAGCCUUCGCAAGGCCUUCCGGCGUGGAUUGAGGCUGCAGGUCCCAACUGCUCCAUCGAUAACACUGAUGUCGUACUUUGGCACACAUUCGGUCUGACCCACUUCCCUUCACCGGAAGACUACCCCAUCAUGCCUGCUGAGCCGAUGACACUGCUUCUCCGACCACGUAACUUCUUCGACCGGAACCCAGUACUCGAUGUGCCACCCAGCUAUUCUCGGACACCCACCCAGGUCGCAGCCGGCGCGAACACCUGUGGAUGCUCGAAGAGUGAUGGCUCUAGUGUACUUGUUUAA